UUGUGUAAUAGUGGUCGUGGGGGUAGCGUCGUAGCGCGCCGUAGACGACGUCCGUCCUCUCUUAUUCUCGUUGCGGCGUCUGUCGGCGGCCGCUUUGGAGGGGGACUUCAGUCAGUGUAGGUUGUACUUCUCAGCCGUCAACAUCGCCCUCGACGGCGCUCGUAGUCGUUCCUCGUGCUGGUGCUCGUCGUGGUCGUCGUCGCGGUGGUGUUUGGUGAUGUGGAGGUGCGUCAGUGCGUGACCGGGAUGACGUUGGGCGGCGCCGUCGCCGGCCCCAGGUGCACACAUGCAGUGUCUCCGAUCGGGGGGCUCCGGGCCGUGAGAUCGCCGUGAGUACGCGACCUGCAGACAUGUUAGGAUUAUCGGUGGAGCAGUGUGCAUGUCUCGUCUUCCUAGUGGUUCUCGCAGCUUGUUCCGGUUUCACAAACGCUAUGCCCAGGAGUCGCUCAGUGAGUGAAGUGCCGCCGCGGCUGCGCCACCGCCGCUCCUGCCCCAGGAUCGACGCCGCGUGGAAGGCGUACAGGGCCGGCACCGUCGCGCUCGCCACGGCCCAGAGCCUGAGCACCGACUGCAGGAACGCCAGCAGGGACGAAUGUCAGGUGCUGUUCACGGUGCUCAAGUGGUACAAACGCGAACCCCCAGCCUCGGCCGCCAGGGACUCCGGGGAGCUCAUACCGCUGCGGCUGCACAAGAACAACACCAGCAAGUACUGCGAGUACGACAACUUCGCCACCAGGGCGAAACCCCUAGUCAGGACCAAAAUCGAAAACUCACAACAGUACAUACUCUUCCUCAACACCUCCGGGCCGCACAAGUUCUCCGCCGCUUUUGUACCGGAACGAUACACAAGCAAAAUGGAAAGAGCCAUCGUCAAAGUCACUAAUGAUAACUUUACUCCGAAGCCUGUCAGGAUCAACGAGAGCGCCUGCCACGCCAGGCACCGAAAAUACACGUGUAGAGUCGAGGGAUUCCCCUUGCCCACAGUCCAGUGGAAGCACAACAACACGAUCCUCCACAACAGGGACCGCGUCCGCAUCAUUCAGAAAAAUGAGGGGAACGAUAGGCGAAAAAGUAUUCUGGUGGUCGACAAACGCUCGGAUACGGGACAGUACACCUGUGUGGCGAUUGCAGCGACUGGAGAGGAGGUUUCCUAUGUCGUCCGCCGCAACUCGUCGCCGUCGAAGUCCAAGACACACAACUCCAAGCACAAAAUGCACUCGACCUCCAGGCCCAAGACGCACAGGAUCUUCAGGCCCAACACACACACGACCUCCGGGCCUUUACAGACACCUGGUACCUAUACAAGCGAUAUAGAUUUAGCGACACCAGCGCCUGAUAGAGAACCCUGCAAGGAAGACAUGCGAGAGAACUUUUGUCAUAAUGGGGGCACUUGCUUUGCCACGAGAAUCACAGGCGGCAAAGUACCGAAUUCCUAUGAUUGUGUGUGUCCUCCCGGGUACACGGGUCAUAGAUGUGAGGGGAAAAUGUCCGAUCAAUCCAGUAGGUAUCGACAGACACCUAUAUUCACUUGUAAGAUAGGCCUCUUUACGAAAUACGAUGAUUGCUAGAGAAAUUAUUCCAUUUUUACGAGAUGAGAGUUCGUGCUAGACUUGCGUCCGGGAAUUAAGCGAUUUUUAGUGGAUUUUUUAACAUCGACGCUGUGUAAAUUAACUUGUUACCGUUUGUACAUACACCUAUGAGGGAUGAAAAAAACUCCACUGUAUAUUUGUAAACUAUCCUAAUGUAUAAGACUGUUGAAAAGCGUACGUUUCUUCUGUUUUUUUGGACAGUCAUCGAGCAACCACUAGAUAAAUAAAUGUCCACAAUGAUCUACGUGGAGUUUCACAGCGUGAACAGAGUUUCAUGACUAGAAGUGACGAGCAAGCCGUAGAUUAUUAUCGACAUUCAUUUACCCACUUUAUACCUGAUAUCGAAUUCGUCUAAUAAAUUUGACCGAAACUCGAUUUGGAUUUCAGGUAAAAAGCAAUGUACCUAUAAAUAUCAGGGACCGACAUUUUACUUAAUUUUUGUAUAAAGUCAUGUAGAUAUAUUUAUUUAUUACAUCUAUACUCACAACAAAAUCUUAAGAAUCUUUAUUACAAAUUCUAAAAAAAUAAAAAAAUUGUUGUAAACUUAUUAAUAAACGAUGAAAGGAA